GAAUAUUUUUAUGAUUGUAGCUAUGAAUAUAUAUAUGCUGUUAACUCUGGUUAAAAUAAGUCCUAUUUAUUUCUCGUGCAUAGCGUACGACUAUUUGUUAAAAAAUGAUGUUUUUGUAUCGUUAGCCUAUAGCAGAUGGCUUAAAGUACUUUGUGACGAAAUUGGACAUGGAGUAAUUGCAGCCUUAUCCUGGGUUGUUGUUGUAAAUUAUGACUUUCGUUACUUUCUUCAAAUUGUGCUGGCUGGUUUUUUUGGUGUUGUAAUUGAUGUGGAUCAUUUUAUCUCAGCAAAAUCGUGGUCGCUCAUGAUGGCUGGAAAUUUACCUGAUCGUCCAUUUUUACAUAACUCAGUUAUUCUUGUAUUUCUGAUCAUUAUUUGCAUAUUUGUUUUUUAUAUAAAGAAACAGCAGCUUAUUGAUCUGGCAUUAAUUUUGUUUGUCUCUAUAAGUUCUCAUCACUUAAGAGACGCUAACAGACGAGGAAUGUGGUUCGGGCAUUUCGGAAGCACGGGUGUAAUUGCUCCAGGAUUAUUAUAUGCAUCACUUAUAUGUUUUAUAGCUAUUUUUGUUGCAGUUAUAAGAAAACGUACCUUAGUAGAGACAAAUUGUUUCAAUUAACCUUAUCCUUAAUAGGUGGAUCAAUUUGACCCAACCAUGGUUUCAAAACUAAUUUAACAAAGAGGUUUCUAAAUAAACGAAUGGUGCUAUAGAUAUAGGACAUUUUGACCCGACUUGCA